CGCGUCGAGCAACGCGCAAACAACAACAACAAUCAUUGACGACGCGUUGGACCAGACGUCGCGCACAACGUCAAGAUGUCGACACCAGGCCUCUUCUUCCCGCCAGACUCGGACGACGGCGAGGACGACGACCUCGACUUUGGCAGUGGCGUCGGCAACCAUAGCGGCAGCGGCAGCACGCGCGACGCCCUUCCUUCCGCUGGCCCUUCCUCUGCCUCGGCAACGCGUACGGCCAGUCCUGCACCUCCUCCGCCGCGCGUCAAGGAGGCAUUGUUUAUGGCCUCCGAUGACGAAGACGACGGUAUCAUGGCGCUCGACCAGCCUGUCGCGGGGCCAUCGUCCUCUGCGAGCCGAGCCCCAGCUUCCUCGGCGCCAUCGUCUUCCUUGGCCAAGCGCCGAGCGCCGCCCUCAUCACCAUCCAACGUCCCAACAGGAUUCCAACGAGGAUACCUCGGCGAGUUUGUCUGCGAGGGCUGGUCGCUGUCCAAGGGCAAGGGAUACUGCUCUCCAGGAAGCAAGCUCGUGUUCGAGCGGCCCAAAGCCAAGGCAGCCACUGCUGUCGACAGCUCUUCCAAGGGUGGCCCGACGCGAAUCGUCAACGGCAAGGUGGUCAGCGGUACCAAGGCACCGAUUGGAGGGAAGCAAGCAACUAUCAGCUCCAUGUUUGCGAAGAAGGCUUCACCCGCGCCAGUGAAGAAGGCAGCGGCCAAGGCCAAAAUCGACCAGGUCAUCCGUUUUCGCAACGAGCGCGGGUUUGUCGGCCGCCUAUCAGUCACCGAGGCAGGCUUCCUCGUUCACCUCCUCGACAGCGGCGUCAUCGAGCUCGAAGGCCAUGUUAUCGACUGUCCCCAGGUGCUCGCAACGGGUACAACGAUCUUGCUCAACCUCAAAGUGUACCUCGCCAGGAGGGGCUUCGAAGAGACGGACAAGAAGGACAGGAAGGAGGGGAGCACGUUCUGGCAGGAGCAGCAGGAGACUGAGGAAGAGGAGGCUAUGAGGAAUCGAAAGGACGCGCUUGGGGCAUUGUUCUCACGGAUAGGCGUCAAGCCGACUCAGUCCAACUCGCUGCUCGCUGCCCAGAAGGGCCCUGGCACCGCCGCUGCUACUAUCAACGCGACAUCGCUCAAGCACUUUGCGUCUUCACCAAAGAAGCGCAGCCCUAGCCCGUCCAAGGGCUCAAACGGCAAGGCAAAGGGCAAAGCCUCAGCAUCGGCAUCGGCCCACAACAGUGACGACGAGGACGAUGGCGACGACAGUGGAGAUGAAGCCGAGAAGCUCGACGAGAAGCAGAUGGACGAGAUUGACACAAUCUAUCGCAAAGCGCAGAUGAAUGACGCAAUGCUCGAAGAAACCGACCCUCCAGACACCUUCCUCUACACCCUUCGACCGUACCAAAAGCAAGCGUUGACAUGGAUGAGUGCACGCGAAACUGGCAAGGACAACCUCCGAGAUACGAACCAGACCCUGCAUCCACUGUGGGAGGAGUACGUGUUGGGUGUUGUCACAGUUGCUGAACGUCAUAGGUACGCAUUUCGAAAGGACCACGCCAUCGGCGAACCCAUUGAAAUCGAGGAUGACGAUGACUUUAUCGACCCCUCCCGGAAGUUUUAUUGGAACCCUUACAGUGGCGAGCUGAGCCUGGAGUUUCCAAAGUCUGAGAACUCAGCCCGUGGAGGAAUUCUGGCGGAUGCGAUGGGAAUGGGCAAGACUUGUAUGAUGGCUUCCCUGAUACAUCGUAACCGCGAGGUCAUCGACGACGAGGAGCCCGGCGAGCUGGAGGCCGAGCCAGUCAAGCAGGAAGCAAGCAAGCGUCGCAAGUUUGUUCAAGUGACGCUGUCGAACCAGUGGAAGGCAGUGGCAAACGCUCCCAAGCCGGUUUCCCGGCAACCCCCUCGUGCCACACUCGUCGUCUGCCCUGUUUCGCUGGCGUCGCAAUGGCAGGAGGAGCUUACCAAGAUGUCGGCUAAGGGUUCGCUUUCGAGCUUCUUGUGGUACGGCAAUGACCGUGCCGAUGUUGGCCGCCUACUGGCUCAGGAGGGCAAGAAGAAGGUCGACGUUAUCAUCACGAGUUAUGGCACUCUGGGAAGCGAAUACCAACGGUGGAAGAAGAACAAGGAUAAGCCGUCCUACGAAGGCGGCAGCAUCUAUGAUCACGAGUUCCUCCGCAUUGUGCUUGAUGAGGCGCACAACAUCAAGAAUCGUACGGCGCAGAUUUCAAAGGCAUGUUACGAGCUCAAGGGCCGCCGACGCUGGACGCUCACGGGCACGCCGAUCGUCAACAGACUGGACGACCUAUACUCGCUGCUCCACUUCCUACGACUCGAGCCAUGGGGCGUGUACAGCUUCUUCCGGAGCUUUGUCACCAUCCCAUUCCUGGCCCAGGACCCGAAGGCACUCAAUGUCGUGCAGUACAUCCUCGAGUCGUGCCUCCUUCGGCGCGAGAAGAACAUGCGCGACAAGGACGGCAAGCUCGUCGUCGACCUGCCGCCCAAGAACAUUGAUGUCCAGGUGCUCAACUUCUCGAGAUCUGAACGGCAGAUUUACAAGCGUCUCGAGGACCGCGCCAAGAGGCGGUUCAUUGAGCUCGAUGCUGACGGGCGUGCCAUGUCAAACUAUACGUCGAUCUUGGCCAUGCUCAUGAAGCUGCGCCAGUGUGUUGAUCACCCUCUGUUGGUCAUGGGCAAGGGAUCAGACGAGGACAAGGAUGGCGACAAGCUGCUCGACGGUGACGACGACGGCGAGGGCAGCGUCAAGCAGUUAAUCGCCAAUUAUGCUGGCCAGAAGAGCGGCAGUGGGGGAGACGACGAUGUCGACCCUGCGUAUGCUCUCCAGGUGUUAAAGGAGCUCGCCGACGCCGAGUCGACUCCAGAGUGCCUGAUCUGCUUUGGCGAGGUGUCGGACGAGGUCCUGCUGCCAUGCUAUCACAGAGGGUGUCAAGACUGCAUCGUCGACUACAUCGGCCACUGCGAGGACGCCGGCAAGGAAGCGUUCUGCCCGACAUGCGAAAAGGGGCCGAUAACUGUGGCCGAUCUGCGAUCGGUUCAGCGGAGACGGAGGCACAUCAACCCAUUCACCAAGAGUGGACAGCAGCCUCCGUCUCAGGGCGAGACAGUCACACUGGGCAAGGUCGACCUCGCGACAAGCACUAAGCUGCGUGCUCUGACGCGCAAGCUGGAGCAGAUGAGGCAGGAAGACGGGCUGUACAAGGCCUUGGUCUUCUCGCAGUUCACGUCGUUCCUCGACCUGAUCGAGAACAGCCUGACGGCGGAGGGCGUCAAGUGGCUGCGCUUCGACGGCUCAAUGAGCCAGGCGCAACGCGCAGCGACGGUCGAGGAGUUUGGCGAGAAGCACACCGAGCCGGUGGUGCUGCUCAUCUCGCUCAAGGCCGGCGGUGUUGGGUUGAACCUGACGAUGGCUAACCAUGUUUUCAUGAUGGACACGUGGUGGAACGAAGCGAUUGAGCAGCAGGCGAUCGACCGCGUGCACCGUCUCGGGCAAACGAAGCCCGUGUACGUAACGCGCUACAUCAUCAAGGGGACGGUCGAGAAGCGUAUCAUGAAGAUCCAGCGGACGAAGACGGCGCUGAUCAACGCGUCGCUGUCCGGCGCGGGCAAGGACAAGCGGGUUGCGCUGGCGGACAUUAAGAAGAUCUUUGGCCUCGACGAGGAGGACAGCGAGGACGAGGUGUACUAG